AUGAGUAUUGGUGAUAACAUAACCAAUGUUGGUGUCGGCGGACUAGGGCGGGCGGUAGAACCUCCCUUCAUUCCACGUUUUAGUGUCGGGGCAGUCGCGCAGGCGGCUCCGUGUGGUACGGCUGUGGCUCAUUGGCGCCGCUUGUGGCUGGUGGCGGGCUUCGGUGCUGUCGCUGGUCAGCGCAGCCCGCUCGGCUGGGCGAUGGGCAGCGCACCUCGACUAGCUGCGGUUGCAGCCGUCUCACACGCGAGACUCUACAAUCACACACAACCCCAUGUCACACAAGCGGAGCCGUCGAAUUUCAAUGUCAAUAUAUUCUUCGUCAGUGCAACACUUUGCGGCGUUUUAGUGGCGGUGUGUGCAGCCUGCUGGCGAAGAUCACCGUCGACGGAUAAGCCAGAAGAUGCCGCUGAGUGCCACGGAGUGUACAUUGUCAGCGGUGAUGCCAGGCUGCACCAGGUCAGUGAGCAUAAUAAUUAG